AUGAAGAGCCACUCCGAUUACUCCGAUAGAGUCUGGGGCGAGCCUCCUUUGGACGUCAUCCCGAGUUGGCGCGAAAAUAUCAAAACAAAGAUGGCGACGGUAGCGGCAACAUCGAAAGUGGACUGCGCUCAAGGAAAAAACGGGAAAAACAAUCCUUCAUCCACCGCACAAAGUAUAGGCACAGGAUCGGCAGAAAUGAUAGACGCUGAGAUGCGAAGAAGACAGUUGAAAUUAAAUCGGAGGGCACAAAGAAAACGGCGUAAGGCCAGAAUGAAAGCAAAACGAAAGGAGGAGGAAAUGGCUAAAAAACGCGCGGAGGUCGAAAACCAAGUCUGUGCUAUGCUUGCAUCUGUUCAAUCCGACUUAAACAGCCUUGUUGAAGCCGAGAAACGAAAAUCAGAGCAGUAUCUGUCUCUUGCGAGGAAGUAUUACACGAUGUGGAAGACACUGAAUGAUGAAAGAGCUUGGCAGCAGCACGAAGCGAAGGCACGGAGUGCAGAGGAAAGGGAUAAGCUUAAAUGUGUAAGUUUCUUCAGCGUUCUCCAUUUAUGCUACUUGAAAUUAUGCUACUUGUUCUUCCCUAAAACAGGGUUGGUUAACAGGUUUUCACUACUCUAGCGAGCUCAAUUUUGUAAAACAUAGUUUGCCAAAUUAAAUGUGCGCUUAAACAAAGGACCCUUUUGUUUUCCGAGGCUCGGCGUCUUUGACAUAUUGGAAUAGGGGGGAAAUAAAACGAACUAUAGAUAUGGGCUUUUUGUGUGUAUGGCCCUCUCUGGCUGGUAAUUCCUCUGGCUAAUAAGCUAAUAAAGUCGUUUGACCUCAAAUCUGUCCGAAGUAACAUCUCAAACCAAAUCGAACUAAUUCGAACACAUUCGAGCCCUCACCAAAAAAAAAAAAAACCUUUGAGCAAUUAUUUAACUUUUGAUUGUGUUCAUUUGCGCUUUGUUGAGUAUGGUUAGUUAGAUUGAACUCGAUUAGGUUUGAUGGCUUACACUUUGAGGCUAGAUGAUGAUUGAAAAAUAGUGGUCAACUUUGGAUCCAUGGAUGGAUUGUACAAUGCAUUGGAAACGGGGUUAUGCAUAUAGUAAGACAGACAUGCCUGGUUUCUAUAAUAAUCAUGAUCGUCCUGGUUGUUCCAGCAAAUGACCCGGACAACUGAGACAACCUCGAGCGGUUGGAUAGAGUUGAGUUCUAUCGGAUGAUCAUGUAAAUUUUGAAGCGAUCAUAUGGAAACGCUCUUAGACAACUUAGACGAUUGGGAUAAUAGAAGGCUAUCCCACAAAUAUUCACUCUUAUUCUAGCAUUCAGGAAUACAUUGGGCCCGGACGCCGCUGAAGUUGAAAAAAAAUAGGACAAAAUUGUUCGCACCGCAUAUAGGCACUAUUUGAAACUAGAGAAAGUCCAUCAGAUCAAGUUCUUGAUGUGCUACUAUGGGUGCUUACCAUUUGACAGAAAAAUCCAGUCGGGGUGUCAAAAGCAUAAUGGUAAGCGAUUUACCAGUUUACCAUAGAAUUGCCACAACUGUAGCAGUUUGAAAUAUCCAAAAAGGGGCGAAUUUGUGAAGUGUGAGUCUGGAACCGAGAAAGAACCAAGAAGUUGGUAAAUGGUCAGCAACAUUUCCAUUUGGUUUGUACCAACCGGAAUGAACAGACUUCCUCAAAACGUACUCCUCAAUUUUUGGUUGGAAUUUCCGAAAAAGUGACCUUACCAAUUAUUACCUUCCAUCCGGAAUUUCGGAAAUUUUCUAUCAAAUGGUAAGCACCCUGUGUCUUUGUGGAACUCUUCUAGCUUGUCAACGCUGCAAAUUAAAAGUAAAAGUAGAUAGCAAGGCACAAGGUUUGCUCUUUGAUUAAAUCCAUCAUUAUGUUUGGCUUGUUUGCACAACAUGUGCAAAAAUUCCACUGCCUGACCCAGACACAUCUCUGACCAUGUCGCAUCUCUUGUCUUUGAGGUGAUCAAGAUUAUUAUAUGUUAACUGCCAAUAAUUGUCUCAGUUGUCGGGAUCGUCUCAAAAUAUUUUCAAACGACUGGGGUGAUCGUGUCAAUCCUAAGGAUCAUGGAAACCAGGCUUAACAAGAUUGCCAGCUAUGCAGGCUACAUGUGUCUGCAGACUAACAAAAACAAAUCUUAAACUGCAAUGGAACUACAGUGAAGUAAGAUUAAUUUUCUUUUGCCUGUCGAACUUUAUUUUGCAGGAUUUUUCCAUUUCACCCUUCUGUUUAUUCUCUCAUUUGUAAAAUCAUAGUAUCAUAGGGCCUGUUUUAAUGUGGUGAGCCAGCCUAGUUUUCUGCGCUAGCCCAUUUUACAAGGCUGGCUCGGCAAAAUUUUUCAUUGAGUUUAUAUAAGAAGGCAUAUGGCCCGCUAGUUGAGAUUUCACCUUGAGCAAAUAGGAUCUUCGCAAGAGAAAUAGAACAACAAUUUUAUGGGGAAACAAGGCAUGAGCCAAGCCUGCUUGGUAAAACGGACCAGCCCAUGCUCAUCUUAUUUAAACAGGCCCAUUGUAAGUGAUUGUACCAAACUCCUUUUUGAAUGACAAAAUAAUAUAAAGUGUGUGAAUCAAAUUCUAAAAUGUUGUGCUAAGUUUGUUUGUUUGUUUUUUUUUUCAGGUCUCAUUAUUGAAGGUGCAGAACCCUGUCUGUCCUUUAGAGAUGGUAAGUAAUAAAUUUAAGGCCCUCCAAAGACAAAACUUAAAUAAUUUAUUUAUGUAUUUAUGUAGUUGUCAACAAUCAUGAAUACACAGUCUACUCCUGAUAACUUGAACUUUCUAGGGGAAUAGAUUAAAGCUUGAGUUAUUGGGAGCUUGAAGGAAAUAACCGGAUGCAAGGAAAUAAGGCUGGAAAAGGAAUACAAGUAUCCUGCACACUUCACUUCAAGGGCAGCGAGAGAUAGAGAUGUGUUGAUCUUUAUUUUGAAGAAGGAAUUAAGCAACAAAGUAGAAAUAUAUAAAUAAAUUCAAUGUUUUGGACUGCAAUGUUUUUUUGACUUGCCUCACGCUUAGAACAUGGUUCAAGUCAUCGAGGGUAAAAUAAUUGAAAUUAUCUGAAGGGAAACAAAAAUUACUUUGAGUAAGCAGAAGGCUCAAGUUAUCAAGGGUUCUAGUUUACUGAGGGAAAAAUUGACAGGUCCUUAAAAGGGACAAUAUGUACCCAUAUGUUGUCUCUGUGUUAUCGCACAUGUCUCUUUUCAUUGAAAAUCACACACGAAGUCAUUGCAGUAUUAAAUAUAGUACUAGAUUUGUUUCAUUUUAAAGUUCUUGAUUUGUUUUUAUUUCAGACCUCAGUAACACUGAACAAGAGGUUUUCUGACUACCUGAGUUCAUCAGAGGGCCCUUUCAAAGUCCUUGGAGAAACCCUCAACGUCACUAGUGCCAUUUGAACAAAGUAAUGCCCAGUUUAUUUUGUUAUUAUUUUUUUGGGGGGGAAGGGGGGUAGGAUUAAAAAGAAAUGCAUUUGAAGUUAGAAGUACAGUUUGUAAAAUACGUGUAUUAGCAAAAUGAACCUUACUCGUUAUAUAUAUAUAUAUAUAUAUAUAUAUAUUUACCCGUUUUUACCUUUUUUUACUGUUUUUACCCUUUUUAAUAGUUGUAAAUUAGUUAUAUAUAUUUUAGGGGGAGGGCCACAAGUGGUGGCCAGAAUGGUGACUUGACCAGCAAAAAACUUCACUCGCUGGUCACACAAACUCUCACUCUUAAACAAACAGCGAAAUCCUCACCUUUACACCUCAGAAUACUCUCUUUGUAAAAAUAAAAUCACAUUUGUUAAUAGAAAAUUCCACAAGGAUUAGUUAACUUCUUUUUCCAAAUACAUGUAUUUCGGCUGGUCAGAAUGAGACUUGACCGAGCAAUAUUUUCUUUGGCUGGUCAUCGUGUCUGGCCUUAGUGCACCAAUGAUAUUUUGGAUUCUAGGAUUAACAUUGACUUUUAUUUCUUGAGACAACAGGAGUGUACAAUAGCUGUUUCUGAAAUGACAAAAUUGUCUUCAUUCUAUUUUCUAGCAUCAAAGUAAAAUUUUCAGUGGUGCUUCAGUCUUCAAUGCUCCUGUACAAGAAGUCCUUCAUUAAAGUUAAAGAUACAGUCAAGAAAAGCACUUUUAUGUCAUGAUGAUGAUGAUGACGAUGAUGAUGAUGGUGGUGUUGGUGGUGCCAUGGUGAUCUGGUAACUGAUAUGCUCCUAUUUUACUUCAACGUGUUACAUGUACAUUGGUACUCCACGGGCAGAUCCAGAAACUUCAGAAAGGGGUGGCCAGGACACUUGCCCACUUGCCAGCUAUAUAGAUACAUGUACUUUUUAUUUUCCAAGAAUUCUAUAAAAAUAAUGCAAAAUUUCAAAGCAAAAGGGGUUGCUGCAGCGCCCACGGCCCACUCCUUUAUCUGCCCUUGUACUCUAAUUACCCGUCAAUAAGCCAG